UGGAUUAAAGGAAGAGCGACCGUGUGCGUUACCACAGUAUCUACGUCGAUGAUAUAGCAUGCGGAUGAUACAUUGAGACGCUGUGUUUCUUGCUCUAAAUGAUAGGAGACGGUGAAUAUAUCAUGAGGCUUCGCGACGAAGGGAUAACCAAAUGCACGAUAGAUGGUCAAUAUAUGCUUAUCAUCUGUAAGGAUAUUGCAAGAAUCGUUUCAGUGCCGGUGGCUUGUGGUUUACUUGCUAGGGAUUGCCUUUCGUCACGGAUCUCAAUGUGCCAUUGCGUCAGGUAGCUUUUGAGCCACAAAAUUCUGUUUAUGCAUAUUUGUAUUUGUUCUUGUGCAAGAAGACGCUUAGCUGAUUUAUUUGGAAAACGCAUGUCAAUAAUCAAAAUUUCUGAAAUUCACGGGACCUUUUCUCAAGUGUACAUUUUUUACUGGUUCAGAAACACACAAACGAAACAAUUUAGGUAGAACGUGGUUUCUCAUCUAGACGAAACCACAACAACAGCUCAUUCUGUUACAAGUAUACUCGUACAAAAUUGUCUUAUCCAAAGUGUCGUUUGACAAGUCGUUGAAUCGAAGCAUAGACUCAUCUUAGUGAUAACAGGAUUACACACCUGAGAAAGGAUAUGUCUGAGAUAAAGGAUUGCGGAUAUCCAACACGCUGUAAUUAGGAGACACAUCAAGUGAAAUAGUUAUACGUCUUCACCAUGCCACGAAAGCGAUAAAUGAGAAGGAACUGUCUUGCCCCAAAUCUAAGACGUUCUGGAGUAUUGAGUGAUGGAUGAAUUGGAUACGAACAUGAUUCAGCGGAGUACGGAUUCGGAAAUAUAAACAGUUGUGGCGUGUUGUUUGCAAAUACAUUUGGUGGCGCGUUCAGAUUGUGUUAUCUGAAUAAACACUUAGUCCCGUACGCCAAUGCAUAUAGAAAACUUUAUCAAAUAUUUGCUAUUAUACAACCAGCUUUUUACUGUCGUUCUGCACUACGUGAAUGCACAAAGCUAUUGUGUGCUUCUCUUCAGACGUAUGCUCUACCAAACACAGAACAAAUGCAUGUCCAGUUCGGCUACGUUCAAGCUGUGUUUCUACUGAUUCUAAUGGCACCAGUAGGGACGGACAGAGGCCCAAAGUGCCCUAUAGAAUUCGCAUGUAACUGUAGAGAAAUUCUCAAUCUCGAUAACGAUACGGAGCUGUCAAUAGAUUGCAAUGAUCAGAUGUUCCGAGGUAUUCCGGAGUUUCCACGGAGCCUGCGUGGAGCAGUUAUCAGGGAACUUUCAAUCCGUAGAAACUUCCUUGACAACCUACCUGACAAAUUAUUCAAAGGGCUAGACCUUCAAAUAGAAGAAAUAAUCUUUGACAACAACCCUAUCCGCUCCGUGGACAGCCUAGCAUUCGCCGCGCUAAAAUCAGUGAAGACAAUAUCGUUCCGUAACUGUCUGUUAAAAGACAUUCCACUGAUAUUUAACAAUGUGGCAGGUCUAAAAACCAUUUACUUAUCCUCUAACUUGAUCACCCACAUCAGAAGAGAUACAUUUUCAGGGUCGCAACUCAAAACUUUGGAUCUGAGUAAAAACCCGCUACAAUUCACCCAUGACAUGUUCGACUCAAUUCGGCACUCUUUAGAGAAGCUCCUUCUGGAUCACCUCAAUCUGUUAGCCAUUCCGAACUCAUCCUUAGAAAAUUUCAAACAUCUCCGAAGUCUGUCAUUAAUGUUCAAUAAAAUUCACAUUUUAAAAAAGGUGAACGUGAGACGUCUGCCAAAAACUCUCCGCUUCCUCAGCUUCAUGGGUAAUAACAUCAGCCAUAUUGAAUCUGGCGCUUUUGAUGACGUCAUAGCGCAUCGCGAGGUCGCCUAUCUUGGUCUAGGAUACAACAAUUUGCAAACAUUAGACUUUAUAAACGAGCCCUGUCUUUACAGACAAGUUGACGUCAGUGUGUAUGAUAAUCCAAUAAACUGUGAUUGUGGCCUGUUCAAUUUGACACGACACAAGCUGUUCAGAAUUCUCGGUGAUUGUACAGCCCCGGCCAAAUUUGCUGGAUACGACAUCAUGCAUGAGCCGAUUUUUCAUGGUCGGAGCGCCUUCACACAAGCUGUCAUCCCAGACUGCAAUGAGACACUCCCAAUGGGAUACUAUGAUUGUGACUGUCAUUGGGUUAACACUACAUCUGAUCGGAUUGAACCAUUGAUCUGUGCCAGGGCGAGUCGGGCGAGCAACGCAAUUUCAACCCAUGCUGAUGUUCUUUUUAUUUUCGUGCUUGCGAUAUUGAGCUCAACAUUUUUAUGAUGACAUAGGCUACCGCGCGCAUUCUAUUAACCGUCAUAUGACUUGGGGAUUUCAGCAACGUUGUUAUCUUGACAGCUGAUAGCAUUAAUUAUUUCCAUACACGUAGUCUCAUAAAGAGGAGGAACCCUUCAAACCAGAAACCAGAAUAUAUUGGGAGUUGGGAACAAUAUGAUUUGUGUGAUAACCAAUCAGAUAGAUAAAUCAGUGAUCUAGAUUCAAUUCUGCUAGUGUUUGAACACUUGAGGUGGUGAUCCAGAACCAGAGUCGACUUAGUGACAAUUUGGUCAAAAGUGAAUUAGGUGUAUGUGGCAACCUCUGACCUGAAUACUGUUUCUGACAGAGGCUCAUUGAUGUAGCAUAAUCCAUUUUCUCAUAGAUAGCAGCACUCCACUUUCCUUUUCCUUGAAAAAUAAGGGAUUCAUGACCCAGAACCGACCCAUUUUUCUCAAAACAUGAAUGUCACUCAAUAAAGAGAGUCUGGUUAUCACCGCCUCACCAGAGUCAUUCAAUAAAAGAUUCUGGAGUUACGACAUGUGUUUGUUUUCUCUGCGCGGAUAAAUGUAUAUACAUGAUGUUUUGUAUCAGUGUUGCAGUAACAGUAAGUUGAAUGACUUUGUUUAAAAAUGCUUUGUUUUUUAAAAGGUUUUUGCAAUGAAAUUAGAGGCGAUGAUAUUUUGUAUAGUGAUAUUCAUGUGAAAAAUAGUCUUUCAUCCACACUGGGCCAUUCGAAAGAAAUGAUAUAUUUGAAAGAAGCUUGGGCGCCUAUAAAAUACAACCACGAGCAAGCAGAUUAUGGACCUGAUUCUGAUUAAGUGGUGCGCCCGAAUCAGCGAAUUUACGUUGUGAUCACUACAUCAUACAUAUAUUAUGCAGCUAAUGGUCCAGGGGAUGUUUUUUAUGUUGCAUAUAUCAUGUUUUAUGCUUCGUUUGAGAGGAUGCACGCCAUUCCUACUUCCGACUACUACAAAAAAUUAAAUAUCUUUGAUACUGUCUCGUGGAACUAAACGCAAAUAAUGAUGUUUGUAUUCCAGGUCGCAGCCCGGCCACAAAGAUACAAAACAAUUGGUUUUUACUGUAUGGUUCGUAUAGCCACAUAUUGUGUUGUUCAGAAAAGAAUGGUCUGUCAUUUAAAGUUGUGUAUCUGAGAGACGCACAGGAAGUAUCUAAAAUUGGUGCACAUCUAGGAUUAAGUACCACUUGUAUCUCAUGAAAAUUUAACCAUCAAGGAUUAAGUACCACUUGUAUCUCAUGAAAAUUUAACCAUCUAGGAUUAAGUACCACUUGUAUCUCAUGAAAAUUUAACCAUCUAGGAUUAAGUACCAUUUGUAUCUCAUGAAAAUUUAACCAUCUAGGAUUAAGUACCACUUGUAUCUCAUGAAAAUUUAACCAUCUAGGAUUAAGUACCACUUGUAUCUCAUGAAAAUUUAACCAUCAAGGAUUAAGUACCACUUGUAUCUCAUGAAAAUUUAACCAUCUAGGAUUAAGUACCAUUUGUAUCUCAUGAAAAUUUAACCAUCUGGGAUUAAGUAUCACUUGUAUCUCAUGAAAAUUUAACCAUCUAGGAUUAAGUACCACUUGUAUCUCAUGAAAAUUUAACCAUCUAGGAUUAAGUACCACUAGUAUCUCAUGAAAAUUUAACCAUGACGGCCGUUGUAUCUUUUAAAUGGUCAUGAAUUUUAUGACAUGCAAAAUAUGUCCAUAUCAAAAUUUACGUUUUUAUCCAUAAUUUCGUCAUCAGCAGGCAUGCGAUAUCAAAAACUUGAUCACCACAAAGUGGUUACUUUGAUUAAAUUUGAUGACAGUUAAUAAAUGAGACGUAAAUGGUGACAUUCUCGGUUUUGAUGACCCAAAAAUAGUGCCAAUAUCUGAUUGGUUAUCGCUGUAAUGACAUGAUCAUUCCAAAAUAUCGCAAAUAAUGGAUUAAGUCCUCAAACAAGAGCCAUCAGGUGAUGGCAUAGAUUCGUGUCCAGGGAACUGACAGAUGGGCAAUUUUUAGAUGUGAUUAGCAGCUGUCGAUCAUCCCACAUAAUGUUUUCUUCAGUUAUUCUAUUUGAGUUAAGUAUUGCAGUGAAAAAAUAAGUGUUAGAAAGUGUUGCUCAGCUCCUCUCACUCUCUCAGUCAUCUGUGAUGUGGUCACCGAAAACACAGCUGUCUAUCAUCCUUGUAAAACGCAAUGAGAAAACAUUUUAAAUUUGCUUAGGGAAUAAUGGACAAGGUUAGGAUAUUUUGGGAUGGUUCCUUGGUCUGUCACAACCCAGUAGAUGCAUGGUCACAACCCAGCAUACAACCAGGAACUGCAUGCAGUCUGGACCUUUACAUCAAAUCCUUUGAAGUGCAGGUUGAGACAAACCAGCCCAGCGGCAGAUGCAUAGUCACAACCUAAGGACAACCAGUAACAGUCUGGACAUUUACAUUCCUUUGAGGUGGAGUAUGUAGAUUUGUUUAUCAAUAACGUUCGAAGAAUGAGGAAUAAAAUAUAAUUUUCGUCAAACGAACAUAGCAGAUGAACGACUUUACUAUCGUAUUUGAGGUGUAGGUUGUGACAAACUAAUCCAGAGAACAUGGUCCAGUCUAGGCCAACUAGCAAUGGCUUGACCUCACAUCAGGAACAACCAACCAGGAAAUGCAAGGUCAGUACUCAGACCAAGGGGUAUGAUUGAUAAAUAAUAAGUAAAAACUGAACUUUUUGUAAACCAACUGCUACAUGAUGUUUUCUUUAUUUAAGCUUUUUGAGUUAAGUAUUGCAGUGAAAAAAUAAGUGUUGAAAAAGUGUUGCUCAGCUCCUCUCACUCUUUCAGUCAUCUGUGAUGUGGUCACGUUGAAACGCAGCUGUCGAUCAUCCCUGUAAAACGUAAUGAGAAAACAUUUUAAUUUUGUUUGCCAAGUUAUAUAUGACCAACAGACACUGAUAAGGUGCUAAUGAUCAAGGAAGUUCAUGGAUAUAUUUGAAAAUAUAGAUUCAAUACCUCCGGUGAUAAUGUAGCAGGUUUGUAUACAUAUGUGUGUACAUUUACACUUUGCGUAUAUAAAUGUGCAGUCCAGUACAAUUCUACAGUGAUGAUCGAGGGACUUUUAAAAUGGUCAAUUUCAGCACUCAUGACACGUUUACCGAGGUUUCGGCAAUUAUUUUCAGUGGAGGUAUAUCUUAUGAGUGGAGUCUGGGUGAUUUCGAGUCAUCGAUAAGUGUUUUAAACGCACAAAUGUGAUGAGUUUCUGGCCUGAAUUCACUCUUCUGUUGAAUGUCAAUCCGCCAUUGCCGAUUUCUCGGAACCUUUGUAUCAUUAUAUGGGAUUAUUAUUGCUAAAAAAGCUUAUAUCUCUUCCGCUUCUCAUUGAUAAAGACGAAAUUUAAACUUGGCCAAAGCGAAAACACGCAUUUCGGCGAAAUAUAUACGAUUUUUGCGGAAGGUUUCGUUAGUGAUAUUACCUAGGUAUUCAGCCUCUUCCGAUGCUGAGCGCUACGGUGGCCCAUAGAGGACAUGCGUUUAUUUUCAAUAUAUUAGAAUAUUU